AUGAAAUGCGAAUACGGGCUCGCUAAGACGGACUGGACAAAGGGUGGCGAGGAAUUUAACCGGGGUAGCGCGCAAUUGGGGGUGCAGAAGGUCGAGGGUGGCAGAAGGGUAAAGUUGAGAAAGCCGAACCUGAGUACGAGACCACUAAUAGAUUGGACGAAUCGACAGUACACGAUCCGGGGCAGGGGUCGCGACAAUGUCCACCGAGUGGGAUUGACAGCUGAUUGGGGGGUGUAUGAAUGUCGAGUGUACUACGCGGGAUCAGAACGGGAGGUUGGCGUUGCAGAGGGUGGGCCAGAAGACCAAAAUAACCGUGAUCGCCAGCGGUGUUGA